GGCUGAGCCCCCCUAAAAUGAAAAUCCUAGAAUCGUCCCUGGUAGGCAUUAAGCAAACUAAGCUACAUGUCUGCUGAUAGUUAGUUUCUCACAUUUCAUUUUAGCAAGAAGAAUGAAUGAUGGAAGUAAUGCAUCACAUUAGUUAUUUUAUUCAAAAUGGUUAAAUGCCUAAAUCCUAUCACUAUUUUGGGUAUUGUUUGAAGCCAAGAUGCCCACUGAAAAGAGGCGGAUUCAGGAGAGGGAGAGACGAUUCAGGGAGGCAGCAAAGGGCAGCACAUCACUGCAGGGUUGGCUGCGAAAAAGCCAACCAGCAGAUGAGGAGGAGCAGUCACAAGCCUCCAGUCUAUGUGAGGAAAAUGUGGACCAGGAGGAGGCACAUAGAUCAGGGAGGGGCAGAAGGAUUCCGUAUAAAAAGCACAAUAAACGAAGAAUUUGAAUCAAACAGCAAACCACAACACAGCAUCAUGGAUGAGUUCAAACUUCGGGGUAUCGACCUGCAACAGGUGCAAAACCAGAUCCGGCACAAGACCGACGGUCUGAGUUCCAGCACUCUGGUUCUGCGGAGAGGACAGGUCUUCACAGUACUAAUGAGCUAUGAAGGGUGGCCAUUUGAUCCACUGAAGGAAAAACUGAUCUUCCAAAUUGUUCUAGGUCCGCUGUCUGUGGAGGUCCCGGUCACCAGGCUCAGACAGCCCUCUCUGACUCAAUGGAGCGCCGUUCUGGAGAGGAGCGUCCCGAACCCGACUGGACCCCAUUCUCUAUUGGUAUCACUGUCCAGCCCUGCGUUUGCUUCUGUCGGCGUCUACACGCUCCAGAUGAGAGUCGAGACCCAUUUGACUGCGAGAACACACUCUCUCGGCCAGUUCACGCUCCUCUGCAACCCCUGGUGCCAAGCUGAUUCGGUGUUCCUGCAGUCGGAGGAUCUGAGGACUGAAUUUGUCAGGAAUGAUUUCGGCCUGCUGUUUAAAGGCAGUCUUGGGAACAUCGAUUCCAGGCCCUGGUCGUUUGAUCAGUAUGAAAAAGGCAUACUGGACAUCUGUAUGAAAUUGCUGCAGCUGAGUCCUCAACAUCAAGCGGAUAUGAGAAAAGAUCUGCAGAACCGCAGCGAUCCGGUUUACAUCGGCCGCGUGAUCUCAGCGAUGGUGAACUCUAAUGAUGAUAAAGGAGUGUUAUUGGGAAAUUGGUCAGAUGACUACAGCGACGGCGUCAACCCUUCAAAGUGGUCCGGCAGCGCAGAUAUUCUCUGGAAGUGGGCAGAAACACAAUUCAGGCCUGUGAAAUACGGACAGUGCUGGGUGUUUGCUGCUGUCAUGUGUACAGUAAUGAGAGCCCUUGGCAUUCCAACAAGAGUCAUCACCAACUUCAACUCCGCUCACGACACAAACAAAAAUAUGGAGAUCGAGGAAUAUUACAAUGAGAUGGGGGAAAAAUUGCCCAUCAGCAAGGAUAGCAUCUGGAACUUCCAUAUGUGGGUGGAGAGUUGGAUGAAGAGGCCUGAUCUGGGUCGAGGUUAUGACGGAUGGCAGGUUCUCGACCCCACGCCACAAGAGAAGAGUGCAGAAACGUUCCGCUGUGGCCCUGCUGCUGUUACAGCCAUUUAUCAUCAGAAGGUGGAGGCGCAAUAUGAUGUGCCGUUCGUUUACGCAGCAGUGAAUGCGAAUGUGCAUACAAUAAUCAUCAAAGAUGGGAAAGUAUUAUCAACCAGCAUUGACAAAAACAGAGUUGGAGCUCUGAUCUGCACCAAACAUCCAGGAUCCAUGCGCAUGCAGGACAUCACGUCUGAAUACAAAACUGAGAUGGAUGACAGCACAGUUCAUGCACUGAGCAGUAAUGCUCGCAGAGGUGAAGGUGCUACAGGAAGAGUGGCACCUCAGGGCAUUGCAGUUUCUCUCCAGCUUCUGAAACCCCCUGUAGUUGGUGAAAGCAUUUUUUUCAACGUCAUAAUCACUAACAAAGUCGCUGUUCCGAAACUGCUGAGAAAACAUGUGAACGCUCAGAACAAGGAGUACAACCGCAAUCCCACUAGAAGCUUCUGGGUGGCUCAAGACAACGUGAUGAUUGGCCCAAAAGAAACUGUGACUAUACAACAUGAGAUCUCCUUCAACGACUACAUGCUGACGGAGGCUGCGGAGGAUUCUCUGGUAAACCUGGCCGUGGUUAUUGAGGAUGUGAAGUCUCAGGAGAGAGUGCUGGCUUGUGAAGAGUUCAACAUCCGCAGCCCUUCCCUCAAUAUACAGGUUCAGAACGAGUAUAUGGUCAUCAAUAUGCCGCAAGUGGCCACAGUGACCUUCACCAACCCGUUCAGCAUUGCAGUGAGCGGUGAACUGUCUGUAGCCUGUUCAGGACUUCAGGAGAAAGUUCAAACAAGGUUUAAGAUCCAGCCUCGAGAAACCAUGAGGAUGCCCAUUAAUUUCACUCCCAGGAUGGUGGGUGCUAAGAUGCUUUACGCAAGUUUAGUGUUGAUGAAUCCUCCCACCGUCCUGCACGGAUUCAAGACCAUCAGUGUUCAAGCAUCUUAGAGUCAAACAUCUUUAGAACGAAUUGUGAAGCCACAACAUGAAGUACUAUUUAAUGAUCUUCUAAUACAUUGUCAGCCUUUUUCUAAAAUAUGUAUAAUGUGUCCAACACUUUUCAACAAGUCAGUUUUAGAAAUGUUUUCCUGCUGUGAACUAGUCUGCCCUCUGCUGGAAAAUUCAUGUGAACAGAUCGCAAACAAGUAUAACACAUGGACAUGUUGAGAAAAAAUACUUUAUUUUUUGGCUAAAUAAUCUUGAAUAUACAGUUCAGAGUGAAUCAAGUCAAAAAAUAUUUUUUUUACAGUGAUAUUUACAGUGUUAAAAAAAAACAGAAAGCAAUAAAGGUGUUUCAGAGACUAGUUUAAUAAAAAAAAAAAAAAAAAAAACACAUGAGUGCUCCUGUAACAUUGGGCACUUUUCUUUUGUCCCAGGGAUUAGUAACAUUUUUGAGUUUUAUUUAUUUAUUUAGUUAGUUAGUUAGUUACAUGUGACAUUAAAAUUAAAACUGUCCUGGAAACCGUUUACAGUUCCCCAUUGUCUAGUGUUAAAAUAUGAACCAGAAAAAAAAAGAUCUAAUUUCAAAUCUUAAAUACUCUCACAUUCUUAAUCUAUAUGAGAAAUAGUAACAGUGACGGUAAUACCACAAACUAAGGCAAAUACAUGGUUUUGCUAAAAAUGAGAAAAAAUAUCUGCCAAAGGGGCAAGAAAAAAAAUGUAUUUCCUAUUUCCCCUUUAAAUUAUUAUUAUUAUUAAUAUUUAUUUAUUGUUAUUUUUUACCCUCUUGCAAAGGCAAAAACUAACCAAAUUUUUCAGAAAAAAAUAGAUUUUCUAAUGUUAUUAUCAAGUAAAUGUAUCUUUAUUUAAGAAUGUUUAUAUAUUGUUACUGAAAACCAUUGAAAAAUCAUAAGUAAUUAAAUACUUUUGCAGUGUAAACUGUUCCACGA